CAUCUCAUCUUCUCCAGCACGUUGGAAACCUCAACGUCUGCGUCUUGGAAAGUGUGUUCUCCUUGUCCUUCUCGUCUGUCAAAAUCACUGUCUUUUCCUCCCUUGUCCUGCAUCAUGCUGCGCCCAGUUGCCAUCCACUGUCUGUUUUCCACCUUGCUGUGCAUGUGGCCGCUGUGCAACGCCCAGUCAGACUCCAGCCCCCCUGUAAUCCAGCUACGACUAGCCGGGGAGAAGCGAAAACACUACGAGGGCCGGGUGGAAGUUUUCUACAAUGGGGAGUGGGGGACAGUGUGCGAUGAUGACUUCUCCAUGACCGCUGCCCAAGUGGUGUGCAGAGAGCUCGGCUUCUUGGAUGCCGAGUCCUGGCUGCCCUCAGCCAAGUACGGAAAAGGAGAAGGCCAUAUCUGGUUAGACAAUGUGCACUGCUCUGGUAGUGAGAAGAGCCUGGCUCAGUGUCAUUCCAAUGGCUUUGGAGUGUCGGACUGCAAACAUUCAGAAGAUGUCGGAGUGGUCUGCAACCAAAAACGCAUUCCAGGCUUCAAAUUCAUCCGGAACCAGGCCAGCAGCGAAGAGGGUUCGACGGUGCAGGUGGAGGAUGUGAGGCUCAGGGCCUCUUACUCUCAAAGGAAAAAGAUUCCCAUCACUGAAGGCUUUUUGGAGGUGAAAGACGGAGGCAAGUGGAGACAGAUCUGCAACGAGGAGUGGACGGAGACGAACAGCAGGGUCAUCUGUGGCAUGUACGGCUUCCCCGGGGAGAAACGCGUCAAUACCCGACCCUACAAAUUGCUGGCCAAGCGUCGUAAGAAGACCUACUGGGGUUUCUCUGUAAACUGCACAGGCAACGAGGCCGACCUCUCAGAUUGUAAGAUGGGCAGAGAGAUAAAGUUGAAGGGCAACAGCACCUGCGAGCAGGGCAUGCCUGUAGUGGUCAGCUGUGUGCCAGGACGUGCCUUUGCCCCCAGCGUCAGUGCCGGCUACAGGAAGGCCUAUCGGGUUGAGCAACCCUUGGUGCGUCUAAGAGGUGGAGCCAUGAUUGGUGAGGGGCGAGUGGAGGUGUUGAAGAAUGGGGAGUGGGGCACAGUGUGUGACGACAACUGGAACAUUCGAGCUGCCACCGUGGUGUGUAGAGAGCUGGGGUUCGGUAGUGCCAAAGAGGCCUUGACUGGUGCCCGACUAGGACAAGGGAUCGGGCCGGUCCACAUGAAUGAGGUGGAGUGCUCUGGGUUUGAAAAGUCACUGACUGAGUGCUACUUCAACCGUGAAGCUUUGGGUUGCAGCCAUGAGGAAGACGCAGCACUCAGGUGUAAUGUUCCUGCCAUGGGCUUCAACAAAAGACUCCGGUUAAAUGGAGGCCGUAAUCCCUAUGAGGGCCGCGUGGAGGUUCUGGCAGAGAAGAACGGCUCUAUGGUGUGGGGCGCAGUGUGCAGUGACAGCUGGGGGACCAUGGAGGCCAUGGUCGUGUGCAGACAGCUCGGCCUGGGCUUUGCCAACCAUGCUUUCCAGGAAACAUGGUACUGGGAAGGAGAUUCCUCAGCUGAUGCUGUCUUGAUGAGUGGAGUGCGAUGUUCAGGAACUGAGCUAACUCUGGAUCAGUGUCUUCAUCACGGGAAACACAUUCACUGUCCUAAAGGAGGUGGACGCUUCUCUGCAGGGGUCUCCUGUACUCAGAUGGCCCCAGACCUGGUCCUGAGUGCCCAGGCUGUGGAGCAGACCACUUACCUGGAGGACAGACCCAUGUACGCCCUGCAGUGUGCCCACGAGGAGCACUGCCUGUCCAAAAGUGCUGACACAGCUGACUUCAGCUCCUACCGCCGCCUUCUGCGCUUCUCCUCUCAGAUCUUAAACAACGGCCAGUCAGACUUCAGGCCGCGGGCGGCACACCAGUCCUGGAUUUGGCAUGAGUGUCACAGACAUUACCACAGUAUGGAGGUUUUCACCCACUAUGACCUGCUGAGUCUAAAUGGAACCAAAGUUGCAGAGGGACACAAAGCCAGCUUCUGUCUGGAGGACACUCACUGUGACGAGGGUAUCCAGAAGAAGUAUGAAUGUGCAAACUUCGGGGCACAGGGCAUCACAGUUGGCUGUUGGGAUACCUACAGGCACGACAUUGACUGUCAGUGGAUUGACAUCACAGACGUGAAGCCCGGAGACUACAUCUUCCAGGUUGUGAUAAACCCCAACUAUGAAGUUGCUGAAUCGGAUUACACCAACAACAUUAUGAAGUGCCGCUCCCGGUACGAUGGACAGCGGAUGUGGACAUACAACUGUCAUAUAGGUGGAUCGCUGAAUUCAGAAACUGAGGAAGCAUUCCCUGGACUGCUGACCAACCAGCUUACACGCAGGUAGACCAAAGAGUGACGAGACAGGCGGACAAUAGGAAGCAUAUAUUGAUAUUUGACAACCACUAGAGGGAGCUGUGCUGUGUUGAUUCCUUGGAGCUGUGCUGGAUUGAUUUUGGGCUCAGGGCCCAACUGGUACGACGGACAAUGAUUCAAUGAGAAAAUGAACUGCUUGCUUACUAAAUCUAUUAACCACAUUCAGCUGUACAUAAAUGUCCUUAUCUUUUAGUGUCGUAGUGCCUUUGCUGUCAGUGAAAUGUAGGUUUUGACCUGGUGCUUGCUGGGACAGAUGUCAGGGAGGGUUGCAGCCAAAUAAUUUAUUGAAUUAACUUUGCCAACAGUUGUUUUCUAAGCCAUUGUUUGUGAAAAGCUUCAAACUAACAUCCAUUAGAUGAGACCUUCACCUUAUGUUGUCUGCUUGGGAUGGAUGGAUAUAGUCUACUGUUAAACCUGGUGCUACAACCGAAUCUUGCCCUGUAUGUUUUCCCCCCAAAACAGUUUUAAAAAAACUGUAAAGGGAGGUUCUCAUAUCAAAAAUGUUUCCACAGUAUUGGAUAUUUAAAAGACUUUAACUCAAAACUGAGCACAGUACAUGAUUAUAAUUACUGGAGAGCAACCUGGCACAGUUUACGGCAACAACUCAACUAACAAGACAAAUAUUUCGUAAUUCCUUUAAAAAAAAAAAAAAAAACAGUUCUACAAAGGAUGACAACUUGUUACCUAAACUGUAAUUUAGGCUAUUUUAAGUUAGAUUUAUUUUAACAUUUUCUGUCAAGGCUCCUUCAGUGCUGAACACAGUAAAAUCAUCUUUAACAGUUGCUUGAUUGGAUGUAUUUCAUGCAUUGUUUCUGGCAAUCUGUAAAAAUGUUCAGUCAUAAAUUGUAAGAAUUAUGUGGGAAUAUGCUUUUGUCGACCAGGAUUUUUCGUUCCACAUACUUGAGCUCGCUUUUGAAAUUGUUAUAUUUAUUGAUUUCUUUUCUUUAUUGUUUCAGUAUACACAUUUUCAUCUUCAUGAUCUGCGCAUCCCCUCAGCUUAUUCCCCAAUGUCUAAACUUUGUUACAUUAUAACAGUCAGGGAAUAUGAUAACAUUGUGGAUUUACUGAAAAGCCACAAUUGUAUGUGAAAAUGCCUCUUCAUUGUUUUGUGAAUUUGUCUUUUUUUAUUUUUUAAAUGUAGCAAAUUCAAGGAUCCUUCAUUUUAAAAAGAAUACUUGUUGCCUGCGGCCUGACUGGUUAUAUUUUGUAUGCAAGGGUGAAUGUGGAAAAGCUUUUACAUUUUUAAAAUAAAUAUUGUUGAAUGCA